AUGACCAUCACUCCUGGGUUGUCUGUUCGCCUUUCCAAGCGGGCCAUCGUCCCCGCAUUCCGCGGACAGAGGCAGUUUAGCUCCGCACGCUCGAUGCUGAAAGAGAUUCAGGAUGCCUACAUUAUCAGUGCUUCCCGAACCCCGACAGCCAAGUUCAAUGGUUCAUUCGCUUCCGUCUCGGCUCCUGAACUAGGUGCUGUCGCCAUCAAGUCUGCUCUGAGCAAGUCCAAGAUUCCCGUAGAGAAAAUCAGUGAUGUCUAUAUGGGAAAUGUUCUGCAGGGAUCAGUUGGUCAGGCGCCCGCUCGCCAGGCAUCCAUCUUUGCCGGUCUGUCUUCGACUGUUGAGGCAGUGACUAUCAACAAGGUGUGCUCAUCCGGCCUAAAGUCAGUGGCGCUUGCCGCCCAAAAUAUUCAACUCGGUUUAGCAGAGGCGCAGGUGGCUGGUGGCAUGGAGAACAUGACCCGAGUUCCGUACUACAUGCCUCGGUCUAGUCAGCUACCUCCUUUCGGUGAGAUCAAGCUAGAGGAUGGUCUGAUCAAGGAUGGCCUGUGGGACGUGUACAAUCAAUUCCACAUGGGUAUUUGCGCGGAGCAGACCGCCAAGAAGUAUCAGAUUUCGCGGGAAGACCAGGAUCAGUACGCCAUUCGCUCUUACGAGCGGGCACAGCAGGCCUGGAAAGAGAACCGGUUUGCAGACGAGAUUGCCCCCGUCACGGUCAAGAACAAGAAGGGCGAGACUAUUGUGGAGCGAGAUGAGGGUUAUGAGAACCUGCGUGCAGAUAAGCUGACCAGUCUGAAACCUGCGUUCCUGCGGGAUGGAACUGGCACUGUCACUGCAGGCAAUGCGUCUACUAUGAACGAUGGCGCAUCUGCCCUGGUUUUGGUCAACGAGGACUUGGCUCGUGAAUUUGGUACUGGAGGACGGGUCCUGGCUCGCAUUCUCUCCACUGCCGAUGCUGCCAUUGACCCGGUUGACUUCCCAGUGGCCCCGGCCAAGGCUGUCCCGAUCGCACUUGAACGUGCUGGUAUCACCAAGGAGCAGGUGGCUGUGUGGGAGUUCAACGAAGCUUUUGCCGCAGUUAUCAAGGCCAAUGAGAAAAUUCUCGGUCUGGAGAAUGCCAAUGUCAAUAUGCUAGGUGGUGCUAUCUCCCUGGGUCAUGCUCUCGGCAGCUCUGGAUCGCGUAUCCUGGUAACUCUUCUCCACCAGCUCCAACCUGGUGAAUAUGGCGUCGCUGCUAUCUGCAACGGCGGUGGUGCAGCUUCUGCUAUGGUUGUACAGAGACUCGAUCGCGUGGAGUAA